UUCGCCCCUGCCGUCCGGACUUGGUGGGGUCUCUGCGCUGCCACCCGGGGAGAUCUCUCGGGCCGGGGUGGUUCUCGUGACCCGUGGCCUCGUGCGGAGAAAGUCUCGUGUGCUGUGUGUGUGUCCAUAAAGCCACAUUUCGUGCUGCCCGCCAGAGAGCUCCGUGUCAUCCCAUCUCAGCCCUGACACUGCCUCAGCAUGGCCAUCUCAUCACGCCUCGCCCUGUGGGAGCAGAAGAUUCGGGAGGAAGACAAGAGCCCUCCACCAUCUUCGCCCCCUCCCCUUUUCUCUGUCAUCCCAGGGGGCUUCAUUAAGCAGCUGGUCCGGGAGACCGAGAAAGAGUCCAAAGAAGCAAGGUUGAGGAAAGAGGCAGCGCUCGCCUCUCCAGAACAAGAGACCCCAGAAAUUUCUGCUAGCCAACCCAAGAGCAAGUCCGACAGUGGCACCAAAUCUGGAAACCAGCAAAUUUCCCAAGGCAACCAGUCAAGCUCUCCGCAGAACUCAGACAUUCCGGGCAAGGAGAGCAAGGGGUCCGGCACCACAGACUCUGUGCUGAUGACCAGCAUCAAUGGCGAGAAGCCCCAGGAAUCAGGCCCCACUGGGACACCAGCCAAAAAACCCCUGCCCUUCAAGAGAGGCCUGAGGAGGGGUGACGUGUUGCUGAUGGUAGCCAAGCUAGACCCGGACGCAGCCAAGCCGGAGCAGAGGACCCAGCCCCGUGAUGCCCCUGCUUGCAAGACCCCACCCCCAGCCACAGACCCUGGAGGGGAAAAAAAGGGGGGGACUCCGGGGACUCCUCGUGGCCCCCAGGCCAGCACUAAGGACACGGCCACAAAGGCCGAGAAGCCCCGGACUGAGGGUGUUGGGGACCCAGGCAUGGUGCUACUAACAAAACAAGGUGCAGGGGGGAAAGGGGACGGGGCCCCCCAGACCAAAGGGCUGAAAGGGGAUGAGCUCCAGGGCAGAGAGGGGCCAGGCCAAGGGGAGCAGGUGGAAACAGCAGAGAAGGGGGCAGAGGACCCCCCAAGUAAGAUGGCAAAAGGGAAUCUCUCCAAGGAUGUGGGUGGUGAAGGGAAAAGGGCUGGGGCCCAAAUCCAGGUGAGAAAGUGGGGAGGCCCCCUGGGCAGAAGGAGCAAGUGGGACGGUGCCCAGAGUAAGAAGGACAAGGAAAGUGUCCUCCCAAGUAAGGCAGAGAAGUCAGAGGAACCGCAGAUCAAGGCGGAGAAGGGGAGCAAGGAGCAGGAGAAGGCCGGGAAGGGGGGGGACGCUCCCCGAGACGUGGGCAAAGCCGGCGAGCCUCCCAGUGCACCUGGGGAGUCAGGUGAGCCCGGGGCCAAGGUAGGAAAAGGACAGCCCCAGGGUGAGUCCCGGGAGGCCGUUGAAGCUGCAGGGAAGACAGAGAAGGGCUGGAAAGCCCCCAAGGAGGUGGGGGCCCGCGGGGAGACCCCAGCGGCUGCUGAGAAGGAGGGCGGGCCACACAGCGCAGCGCAGAAGGCCGGGGAGCCCCGCUCGGGAGCAGCUGAUGGGGCAGAGGCCCUGGAGACGGAGGUGGAAGGACCCAGACCCCCUGCUCGGGAAGGCCCCGCAGAAAGGCCUCGGAGUCGCAGGGAGAGUGAAGAGGGGCCAGGCCUGCCCGAGGGCAGCAGGGGAGCACAGAGCGAAGAUUCGGACCAGGCGCCCGAGGACAGAUGGUACGAGGCAGAGAAGGUCUGGCUGGUUCAGAAGGAUGGAUUUACCCUUGCAACCGUGCUGAAGCCAGAUGAGGGAACAGCUGACCUGCCGGCAGGCAGGGUACGACUUUGCAUCGAUGCUGACAAAACCAUCACCGAGGUGGAUGAGGAGCAUGUUCAUAGGGCCAACCCCCCUGAGCUGGACCAGGCUGAGGACCUGGCCUCCCUGGUCAGUGUCAACGAAUCGAGUGUCCUGAACACGCUUUUGCAUCGCUACCGGGCCCAGCUGCCCUGUACCUUCAAGGGGCCAGACUUGAUCGUCCUCCAGCCUCCAGGGCCCCCAGCACCCUCUGCAGGCAAGGUGCUCAGGGGCCGCCGGGAUGGCCUGCCAGCCCACCUUGGCUCCCUGGCACAGCGGGCAUACUGGGCGCUACUGAGCCAGCGGAGAGACCAGAGCAUCGUGGCUCUGGGCCGCAGUGGUGCUGGGAAGACCACCUGCUGUGAGCAGGUCCUGGAGCACCUGGUGGCAAUGGCAGGCAGUGUGGAUGGCAGGGUCUCAGUGGAGAAGAUCCGAGCUACCUUCACCGUCCUCCGGGCUUUUGGCUCUGUGUCCACCAGCCAUAGCUGCAGUGCCACCCGGUUUGCCAUGGUGAUGUCGCUGGACUUCAAUGCCACGGGACGAGUCACGGCCGCUCAGCUCCAGACGAUGCUUUUGGAGAAGAGCCGCGUGGCCCGGCAGCCGGAAGGGGAAGGCAAUUUCGAGGUUUUCUCCCAGAUGCUAGCAGGGUUGGACCUGGAUCUCAGGACGGAGCUGUACCUUCACCAGAUGGCAGACAGCAGCUCGUUCGGCAUGGGUGCAUGGCCUAAGCCUGAAGACAAGCAGAAGGCGGCAGCCGCCUUUGCCCAGCUCCGGGGCGCCAUGGAGACACUGGGCAUUUCGGAGGGCGAGCAGCGAGCCAUUUGGCGGGUGUUGGCAGCCAUCUACCACCUCGGCGCGGCGGGGGCCUGCAAAGUGGGCCGGAAGCAGUUCAUGAGGUUUGAGUGGGCAAACCAUGCAGCUGAGGCCCUGGGCUGUGAAUAUGAGGAGCUGAACACCGCCACCUUCAAGCACCACUUGCGACAGAUCAUCGAGCAAGUGACAUCUGGGCCGAGCCGGCGGGGUCCAGAGGAAGAGGAGACCAGCUCAGGGCUCAAGAUGACAGGUGUGGAGUGUGUGGAGGGGAUGGCCUCGGGCCUCUACCAAGAGCUCUUUGCGGCUGUGAUCUCACUCAUCAACAGGUCCUUCUCUUCCCACCACCUCUCCAUGGCCUCCAUCAUGGUGGUGGACUCUCCGGGCUUUCAGAACCCGCGGCACCAGUGCAAGGACCGGGCUGCCACCUUCGAGGAGCUGUGCCACAAUUACGCUCAUGAGCGCUUGCAGCUGCUUUGCCACCAGCGGACCUUUGUCUCCACACUGGAGCGAUACCGGCAGGAAGGUAUUUCCGUGCCCUUUGACCUCCCAGAGACUUCCCCGGGGACCACGGUGGCUGUAGUGGACCAGAACCCUUCCCAGGUCCGCUUACCAGCCAUUGGAGGUGCUGAGGAUGCCAGGGGCCUUUUCUGGCUCUUGGAUGAAGAGGUCCGGGUGGAGGGCUCCAGUGACAGCGUGGUGCUCGAACGUCUCUGUGCGGCCUUUGAGAAGAAAGGAGCUGGGGCCGGAGGGACCUCUGCCCUCCGGUCCUGUGAGCAGCCCCUCCAGUUCGAGAUUUUCCACCAGCUAGGACAGGACCCCGUGCGCUACGACCUCACAGGCUGGCUCCAUAAGGCCAAGCCCAACCUUUCAGCCCUGGAUGCCCCCCUGGUCCUGCAGCAGUCAAAAAGGGAGGAUCUGAGGCUCCUAUGCCAGCCCCGGGCCAAGGUGCCCCCUGUGUGCCGGGCCGUGGCUGGCCUGGAGGGCACCUCCCAGCAGGCCUUGCAAAGGAGCUGCGCCGUGAGGAGGGCGUUUGCUAGCAGCUUUGCCACGGUGAAGAGGAGAGCCCCGUGCUCCCAGAUCAAGCUACAGAUGGAUGCAUUGACCAGCAUAAUUAGACGGUCCCAGGUACACUUCAUCCAUUGCCUUGUGCCAGGCCCUGUUGGGGAAAGCAGGGUUGGGCAGGGGCCUCUGACCCCACCACAGACUGGCAGAGAUAAGCCAGGGACAGGCGGACUGCUGACCUUGGACAUCCCGGCACUGAGGGUGCAGCUUGCGGGGUCCCACAUCCUGGAGGCACUGCGUCUGCACAGGGCAGGCUAUGCUGAGCACGUGGGACUCACUCAGUUCCGCCGGCGAUUCCAGAUGCUCGACCCUCUCCUCGCAAAGAAGCUCAUGUUGGCCUCUGAAGGAAUAGACGAGAGGAAGGCUGUGGAGGAGCUCCUGCAGACCCUGGACCUGGAGAAGAAGGCAGUCGUCGUUGGGCACAGCCAAGUUUUCCUCAAGGCAGGCGUGGUCUCUAGGCUUGAGAGGCAGCGGGAGAAGCUGGCGUCUCACAGGAUCCUUUUAUUCCAGGCGGCUUGUAAGGGCUUUCUGUCUCGGCAGGAAUUCAAAAAGCUGAAGAUUCGCCGACUGGCCUCACAGUGCAUCCAGAAGAAUGUGGCUGUGUUCCUGGCGGUCAAGGACUGGUCAUGGUGGCAGCUGCUCGGUUCCCUCCGGCCGCUGCUGAGCUCCACUAUUGGGGACGAGCAGCUCCAUGCCAAGGAGGAGGAGCUUAUGAUGCUGAGACAGAAGCUAGAAAAAUCGGAAAAGUCCCGGAAUGAACUCCGGCAGAAUGCAGACCUGCUAGAGAGCAAGAUUGCUGACUUGACUACUGAGCUCGCAGAUGAACACUUCAAAGGGGAUGUGGCCUGCCAGGUGUUGGAGAGUGAGAGGGCAGAGCGGCAACGUGCCUUCCGGGAGGUCCAGGAACUGAAGAGCAAGUAUGAGCAAGUCCAGAAGAAUUUGGGGGAAGUACAGAAGCAGCUGGAAGAAGCCCAGCAGAAAAUUCAGCUGAGUGACUUGGGAAGGAGCCACAUAGGAGGGGCAGACGAAUGGCAAAUGCACUUUGACUGUGCUCAGAUGGAGAAUGAGUUCCUCAGGAAGCGUCUACAGCAGUUCGAGGAGAGGUUGGACUCAGAGCUGACAUCCAGGAAAGAGAUGGAGCAGAAGUUUGGGGAGCUGCAGAGUGCUUACGAGGAGGCCAAGAGGAUGGCCCACCAGCUGAAGAGGAAGUGCCACUAUCUAACCUGUGACCUGGAGGACACCCGCCUCCAGCUGGAGAACCAGCAAAGCCGGAAUCAUGAGCUUGAGAAGAAGCAGAAGAAGUUUGAUAUGCAGCUGGCCCAGGCCCUAGGGGAGUCUGUGUUUGAGAAAGGUCUUCGAGAGAAAGUGACCCAGGAGAACACCAGCGUCCGGUGGGAACUAGGCCAGCUUCAGCAGCAGUUGAAGCAAAAGGAACGAGAAACCUUGCAGCUGAAGCAGGAAGUGGAGAUGCUGCAGGCCCAUAAGCAGGAGCUGUUGGGAUUGUCCUCUCUGGGAGAAAACUGCGUCGCUGGCUUGAAGGACAGGCUCUGGAAACUGGAAUCCAGUGCCCUCGAGCAACAGAAAAUCCAGAACCAGCAAGAAAACACCAUCAAGCAGCUGGAGCAGCUCCGCCAGCGGUUCGAGCUGGAGAUCGAGCGGAUGAAGCAAAUGCACCAGAAGGACCGUGAGGAUCAGGAGGAGGAGUUGGAAGAUGUCCGUCAGUCCUGUCAGAAGCGGCUCCGCCAGCUGGAAAUGCAGCUGGAACAAGAAUACGAGGAGAAGCAGAUGGUCCUCCAUGAGAAGCAGGAUUUGGAAGGCUUGAUUGGAACCCUCUGUGAUCAGAUUGGCCAUCGAGACUUUGAUGUGGAGAAGCGUCUUCGGAGGGACCUCAAAAGGACUCAUGCACUGCUGUCAGAUGUGCAGCUCCUUCUGGGGAGCAUGGAGGAUGGCAAGACAUCGGUCAGCAAGGAGGAGCUGGAGAAAGUGCACAGCCAGCUGGAGCAGAGUGAAGCCAAGUGUGAGGAUGCUCUGAAGACCCAGAAGGCACUGGCAGCAGACCUGGAGAGCAUGCAUAGCGAGCUGGAGAACAUGACCCGGAAUAAGAGCCUGGUGGAUGAGCAGCUGUACCGGCUGCAGUUUGAAAGAGCAGACCUGCUGAAGCGCAUCGAUGAGGACCAGGAUGACCUGAAUGACCUCAUGCAGAAGCACAAGGACCUCAUUGCUCAGUCUGCUACUGACAUUGGGCAGAUCCAAGAACUGCAGCUACAGCUGGAAGAAGCCAAGAAAGAGAAGCACAAACUUCAGGAACAUCUGCAGGUGGCUCAGAUGCGGAUCGAGUACCUGGAGCAGUCCACCGUGGAUCGAGCCAUUGUCAGCAGGCAGGAGGCAGUCAUCUGUGACCUGGAGAACAAGACGGAGUUCCAGAAAGUGCAGAUUAAGAGAUUUGAGGUCCUGGUGAUCCGGCUUCGGGACAGCCUGAUCAAGAUGGGUGAGGAGCUCACGCAGGCGGCCAAGUCUGAGUCCCAGCAGCGGGAGAGCAGCCAAUAUUACCAGCGGCGCCUGGAGGAGCUGAAGGCGGACAUGGAGGAGCUGGUGCAGCGGGAGGCAGAGGCCAGCCGCAGGUGCAUGGAGCUGGAGAAGUAUGUGGAGGAACUCGCAGCAGUGAGACAGACCCUCCAGACAGACCUGGAGACGUCCAUCCGGCGGAUUGCCGACCUACAGGCAGCCUUAGAGGAGGUGGUGUCCAGCGACAGCGACACGGAGAGUGUCCAGACAGCAGUGGACUACAGCAGUGGCAGAAAAGAGAUAGAUAAUGUCUCCAUCCUCAGUUCCCAGCCAGAGGGCAGUCUGCAGUCCUGGUUGAGUUGUACGCUGUCCCUGGCCACAGAUACCAUGAGGAGCCCCUCUCGACAGUCAGCCAGCAGCAGCCACAUUCUCAGCCCCAGGAUGAACGAGGAAGCUGGGGAUGCAGAGAGGUCCCAGGCGGUGUCUGCCCUGAGCAGAGCGCGGACGGUGCAGAGCCAGACCUCGGGGGACAAGUCUGUUUCUCCCCUCUGCCUCCGACGGCAAAAGUACUACCAUCUGGGGGACGGCGACGAGCGUGGUGGGCAGAGAAAGUCCACGGAGAGAUUGGGAGCGCGGUCUUCUUCCCCGGCUUCUCGGAGUGCAGACGCAUCCCCGGCAUCCCGGGAAAAGCUGCCCAGUCCCUCAGCAGCCCUGUCGGAGUUUGUGGAGGGUCUCCGGAGGAAGAGAGCUCAGAGGGGCCAGGGGUCCCCACUGGGCCUGGAGGACUGGCCCACUCUACCCAUUUACCAGACCACUGGGGCUUCCACGCUGCGGAGGGCCAGGGCGGGCAGCGACGCCGGAGACCUCUCGCUGGGGCCUGGGGCCAAGGCAGCAGCCCCGGAGCCCCAGGGUGCCUGCGGGACGUCAUCAGCCGGGCUCCUGCGGUCCACCAGCCUGAAAUGCAUCUCUUCCCAGGGCACGGAGGGCACCCCCCUGCUGCCUGAGAAGCUGAAGACCCGGUUCAGCUCCUGCGAGUCCCUCUUCGAAUCGGGGCAGAACGUGGGGAGAAAACUGAGCUCCCCAAGCACAGCCAGGGACACGCUCUUGUCACCCACACUGCGCCCUCGGAGGCGCUGCCUGGAGUCCUCACUCGAUGAUGCGGGCUGUCCAGACCUGGGGAAGGAGCCACUCAUCUUCCAGAACCGCCAGUUUGCCCACCUAAUGGGAGAAUCCCUGGACAGCGAUCCAUUCACCUGGAAGGUCCCAAGCCUCAACUACGAACGCAAGACCAAAGUGGAUUUCGAUGACUUCCUCCCGGCCAUCCGGAGGCCUGAGACUCCUGUGUCCUUGACCAGAGCGGCCAAAGAGGGUCCAGGCAGUCCACGGCGUUCACGUAUCCACUUUGAGACAGAGGAGGCUGACCGGAACGUUUUCUCAGGGAUCAAGACCAUUUUGAAAAAGAGUCCGGAGUCCAAGGAGGACCCUGCUCACCUCUCUGACUCGUCGUCCUCCUCCAGCUCCAUCGUGUCUUUCAAAAGCGCCGACAGCAUCAAGAGCCGACCAAGGAUGCCACGGCUGGAGGGUGAUGGUGGCGAGCGAACGUCCCCUGAGCACAGAGAGCCGGGGGUGGGGACAAAAGACGAGGAUGUGGAGAGCAUAAUGAAGAAAUACCUCCAGAAGUAGGAGCCAGUACAGCCUCCUGAGAUGUACUGCCGUCGAAGACUUCCUGACUCCAUAACUGGGGAGAGAGAGAGAGAGAGAGAGAGAGAGAGAGAGACCAGCCAGACCUCCCCAGGGACCCUCAGUCCAGAGCCAGCCAGCAUGGCUGUGCUUGAGAGGCAAGAGGGGCCCAGCAGGAGGCAUAUCCCUCAGGCAUGGGGAUCCCAGCAUGCUUGGUCUGUACAAAAUAAAGCCAUGGCUCCUUGA